CUUGUCCUUCUCACGCCACGGCCCCUUCACUUCUCUCCAUCUAUUGUUUACUUCCUUGAUCCUUCCAACCAUUCCACCCCUUCGCGCAGCAUAAUUUCGUCGCUGCAUCGUCUAGAGAUUUUGCUUUUGAUCAGUAUAUAAGGGAAAAUGUUGCCUCCUGCGUCUCGCGAUGAAAAUGUUUACAUGGCCAAGUUGGCCGAACAGGCUGAGCGGUACGAGGAAAUGGUUGAGUUUAUGGAAAAGGUUGCAAAGGCUGUUGAUACUGAGGAGCUAACUGUGGAGGAAAGGAACCUUCUCUCUGUGGCUUACAAGAAUGUUAUUGGUUCCAGGAGGGCUUCCUGGAGGAUCAUCUCUUCCAUUGAGCAGAAGGAAGAGAGCCGUGGGAAUGAAGAUCAUGUGAACAUGAUUAAGGAAUAUAGAGGAAAAAUUGAGGCUGAGCUUACCAAGAUCUGUGAUGGAAUUUUGGGGCUUCUUGAGUCCCAUUUGAUUCCUUCAGCCUCUGCUGCUGAGUCCCAGGUGUUUUACCUGAAGAUGAAAGGUGAUUACCAUAGGUACCUGGCUGAAUUUAAGACUGGUGCUGACAGAAAAGAAGCUGCAGAGAACACUUUGGUUGCUUAUAAGUCUGCUCAGGAUAUUGCUUUGGCUGAAUUGCCUCCCACUCACCCAAUUAGGCUUGGCCUUGCUCUUAACUUCUCCGUGUUCUACUAUGAAAUUCUUAGCGCACCUGACCGUGCUUGUAGCCUUGCAAAGCAGGCCUUUGAUGAGGCCAUCUCUGAGCUUGAUACACUGGGCGAGGAAACAUACAAGGACAGUACAUUGAUCAUGCAACUCCUCAGAGACAAUCUAACUCUGUGGACUUCUGAUAUUCCGGAGGACGCUGGGGAUGAGAUCAAGGAACCAUCAAAACUUGACACAGGGGAGGGGCAGCAGUAAUGAAUUCGUUAUGUUAGAGUAGGACUUUCUUUGGGAGAUUACUGCAAGACAUGAUGAUUUGGUGGUGGAUCUCAGGGCUAAAAUGAUUUACAUACAUAUGAAAAUGUUACUGCCGAAAGAAAAUGGUUUUGGGUUCAUAUCUCAUCAACGGUUGUAAUGCUACUUGUUUAAUUUGAUGAUGAGCUGAACUUGGAUUGGCUUGGUAUUGCAUUUA